UUCACACUGUACUUUCAUCCAUUUUGCUUGCCUUUCCUUUCUGUUUGGUUAGAUUCUGUCGUGCACUUUUGCGUCUCUCCCAGCCUCCAAGAUGAGCAGCUCCAGCUCCCAGCUCUGGACCUGUGCCCGCUGUCUCCGGGCCCAGAGGCUGCGGGGUCCCUCACUCGACUGUGGUAGUAGCAGCUCGAUCCCUCGUCGUCCCCGUCGCCACCCUUUCAGCACCACAGCGAUCCGGCACGAUGAUGGACCUGCAGACCCAAAGGCCGAGGUCUCGCACACGACCAAGAGCGCCAACGCCCAGGAUGGCGAAGAGCAACAGGGGGCCAUAUCGCGCAGGCUGGCCGAGAUGGCGGAGGAGACCAUGGACACGGGCAGCAAGAGUGACCGCCGAUUGAUGCAGGAUGCCGGGUUCUCGGAAGAGCUGAAGAAGGAGUUGGAAGAGAGGAUCGCGCAGACGAGCUUUGCGGCGCAGAAUCAGCAGGCCGCGAGCCAAGUCACGAUGCCUAAUGCUGCCGGAAAAGGCACGCGCGACAUCGCGGGCGCAGAACCCUGGCGAGGCACCGAGACCACGCACGACUCGGUGCUCCGCAUGCUCGACGACAGCCACAAGAAACUGCGUUCGCCGUCGCGGGGGCCCUCGGUGCCUCCGAAGAUCAACCUGCGGCCGGCGCCCAAGAAGAACAUCUCGGCGGCGGACCGGCUGGCGCGGGCACGGGACAAGACGUCGAUCUACGCGAUCAGCCAGCAGAGCGACAUGACGGAGCAGGAGCGGGCCAAGUGGCGCCGGGAGCUCAAGGACCGGUUCUCUCCCGGGGCGCGGCCGAUGCCGACGAGCAUCACGGGGCUGACGAGCCUGGCGAACGAGCGGAUCGAGGACGCGAUCGCGCGGGGCCAGUUCAAGAACAUCAGCCGCGGCAAGGGCAUCAACGUGGAGCGCGACUACAAUGCCAACUCGCCCUUCCUGGACACGACCGAGUACUUUAUGAACAAGAUCAUCCAGAAGCAGGAGAUCGUGCCGCCCUGGAUCGAGAAGCAGCAGGAGCUGGUCAAGGCCGUCGCCACCUUCCGCGGCCGCCUGCGCAACGACUGGCGCCGCCACGCCGCCCGCAUGAUCUCCAGCCGCGGCGGCUCGGUCGACGACCAGGUGCGCCGGGCCCGGGGGUACGCGCUGGCGGAGGAGAGGGUGAAUCCUCGCCCGGCGCGCCGGGUCGAGAAUCUGAGCAGCAUUGCGAGCGACGGCAGCUUGACGACCGUGAGUGUCGAGGAGAGGAUCGCCGCCGGCGUGCCCGGGGAGUCUGGUGAGACGACCGAGCCGCGAGAGGAGCAGGUUGAGAUCGAAGUCAGCGAGCAGCCGGCGGAGAAUGUGCCCAUCGCUGGCCCCAGCACGGAUGCGCCGCCCCCAGCAGCAGCAGCAGCAGCAGCAGCAGCAGCAGCAGCUUCUGCAGACAUCAUAUCUACUUUAUCCGAGCCGGCGCCCAUACCCACAUCCACCUCCCCUUCCUCUUCCCAAUCACCGUCCUCCUCCCCAUCCUCCGCCUCUCCCUCGUCAUCCCCCUCCCCCUCCCCCGGCCAGGUCCUCCCGAUGCCGCACCCAUUCCGCGACGCGACAUGGGAGAAGGCCGAACUGGCCUACCACACGCUGGCGGUGGCGAACCUGAACGCCCUGACGCGCUCGUACAACCUGAUGGCGCCCAAGAUCGCCCAGAAGCCGUACUUCACGCUGGAGCGCGAGCUGCGGCGGUGCUUCGCGGACGUGGCGCCGCAGCUGGCCGACGCGAUCCGGGAGCGCAGCACGCGGCCCCCGGUAGCCAAGAUCCGCGUCGUGCGCCCCCAGAGGGAAGGCGGCGUGCUCGAGCGGCUCGGCGGCGACGAGUGGACGGGCCACGAGGGCACGAUCCGCGACGAGAGCGGGGACAAGAGCUACGGCUUCAAGCAGUUCUGGCGCGACCUGUUUGGCGGCGAGAAGACGGGUGGGAGGGAGAGGCGGCGUGUCGCGUGAGGCCGUGGUGGAGAGGAGGUGUUAGCUGCGUGCAUGGUCUUGAUAGGGGAGGAAUCUCUUGGUGAGGCAUAGGUAGCCUCAUGGUCACCUCUAGAUACAUGCAACUGAUACAUAUACACAUGUACAGACCAAGAAGUCGAUGAGAAUUCGUCAUAGGCGGGGGACGGAAGAUGUAAUGCACCCCGUACCGUGUAGAAUAUAUAGCAAGGAGGGGAUGGAUGGUUGGUGUUAGUAUAGAUAGAUAGACACACACCCCUCAGAGGCCAGGACGAGAACUCAUGAAUGACGAAC